GUUUUACAGAUAUUGACAAUAAUUGUAGAUUCCAUAUGACUUAUUAUUAAUGAUAUUUCUUUUUCUCGUCACAAAAUGGAUAUUUCAUAAUAAAAUUUCUGUACAAAUUACUCGAGAUUGUAAUAAACCAAUUGUGAAUCUUAGAAAUCUCACCAUCAAAACAAAUAAAAUAAAAGGCGGUUAUAGGCUUAUAGAAAAGAGUUCAUCGUGCACAUUUAAUUGCUACAGAAUCGACAACAAGUUUAAUCCGCUUUACUACCCUAAACCUGAGCCAAAAAAAAAAAAAAAAAUUGUUACAUGCGCUGUAAAUCAUCCCUCUUUUUUUUUAUGUUUUUCUAUUGUUGUUGAUGGCAGUAUCCUAGAGAUAUAAACAAGUACUGUUUGAGUGGUGCGUAUGAAAGUUUGUUAAAGCCAAAACAAAGGAGAAUGUGAGUGUGGAACUUAGCUGGCAAACCUCUAAGUGUCUCUAAUUCCUUCUUUCUCAACAAUACCAACAAUGUCUUCACUCCUUCACUUCACUUCACUUCUUUCCUUCUUCAGCUAGCCUAACUAAAUAUUACUCAUUAUUACUACCAUUAUUAUUAUUAUUUCAACAUUAUUCUCUGCCGUAAUUUAUUUUCCUGAUAAUUAUUAUCCCCUUUUCACACUGCUAAAAUUCCGGCAACUCUAGAGUUUCUUUCCAUUUUUGUUCAUCUUAUUGAUUAGGGUUUAACACUGCUUGUUUUUUUGGGUUCAGUAUUAAAAGCCUCAAUGAAAUGAAAAUUGUGGUGGGUCUGUGCUUUGCUUGGAAGAUUCUGAAACUACCUGCAUUAUACGGUGUCCUUUUCCCCCAAUUUAAUUAAAACUAUUUAAUUUAAUUCAAUUCUAUUCUAUUCUCACCAGUCAAUUUCAAUCUUCGCCAUUGAAAUCCUGCUUCAAAAAUGGUUCGGCAUUCCGGCUUCUCUUCAACCUAAGGUGUUUGACAUGGUUGGUACCUAUCAUUUGCAGAUCUUGAUAAGAAAUCAUUUGUACUUCUGACAAGUUGUUAGAGUCUCUUUGCAUCAAUGGGGCUUCUUUUUCGAAGUCUCGUGGUGCUUCUGAUGUUAUUAUCGUCGUCUUGGCUACCAAUUGUUGUUGCACAAUCGCCUGCGAGCUCGGCUCGUGAAUUGGAUGCUGUGCUCCAGGAUUAUGCUUACAGGGCAUUUGUUCAUCCGAGGACUGGUGUUGUAUAUGAUGGGACAGUGCCUUCGAAUUUGACAGGGAUUAAGGUCGCGGGUAUAAGGCUAAGGAGUGGUAGUUUGAGAAGCCGGGGUGUAAAAUACAAAGAGUUUGAUAUUCCAAUUGGUGUUGUGGUGCAGCCAUAUGUAGAGAGGCUUGUACUUGUUUAUCAGAACUUGGGAAAUUGGUCUAAUGAGUAUUAUCCAUUGUCGGGGUAUACUUAUUUAGCUCCAAUGCUUGGAUUGCUUGCAUAUGAUGCUGUGAACUUAUCAGCGACGAAUUUGCCCCAAUUGGAUAUUAGGUCAUCAACAAGUCCGAUAAAAAUUCAAUUUUCGGAUGUUAAAUCUGUGCCAGAUGGGUCUGUGGCGAAAUGUGUGUGGUUUGAUCUUCGUGGUAAUGUCAAUUUCAGCCGAGUGGUGGCAAAGAGUACCUGUUCUACUGUUCAACAGGGGCAUUUUGCUUUGGUUGUUGAGAGCACAGCUCCUUCCCCUGCACCUUCAGCGCCUGCCCCAUCUCCGGUUUCUCAUAAGCAUAAGAUGAAGAAAAACAUGAAGAAAGUCUGGAUAUUCGUUGGAUCCAUACUGGGUGGAAUAUUAUUGUUGGUGCUUCUGGCAAUGUUGUUAGCAUGGUUGAAAAAAUAUCAGCAGAAGAAAAAAAUGCAGCAUAUGGAGAAGGCUUCGGAGGGUGGUGAAGCUCUGAGGAUGACGUCAGUAGGGAGUGCUAAAGCACCGGCAGCAAUGGUUACUAGGACACAACCGACUCUUGAGACGGAAUAUGCGCCCUAAACUCUUCCUUUUGCAAAUUGUACAAGCUCUCCUCUCCUGCCAUUCACAUUCAUAUGUCCAAUUCUUGCAUUCACAUUCUUCUGAUUCCACACCUGUUUUUGGUUGGGUGUUUCCUCCUUGCCUUUGAAUUCUAUAGUUGCUUGUUGGACAGGUCUUUCAGUUCUGGUGUGGGCAUUAUAGAAAUUACCGGUGUAGAUAGCAUUUUGUUUAGAUUGCUAGACUCAUAGUCUCUUCAUUCGUUGUGGUGUGCAUUAUGUGACUGAUUUCGGUGUUUUGACCGACAAGGAAUAAGAUUCUUUCGUAUAUUCA